GGGGGGCGGUACACAACACAACUCACUAAGCCGCAGUUGGUAUCUACGUAGAAGAAGAAGAAUACAACAAGCAUGGCAGGAAAGAUAAGUAACAGUGCAGCUCCAAUAUCCAGUUCCCUGUCUAAACUUCAGUCUUUAAAUGGAUUGUUUGCGAUAUAUAAAAAACGAGGACCUACAUCUGCAGACGCGUUAAAUGCACUCAAAGAAGCUUUACUCAAAGAAGCUGCUGUACAAAACCCAAAUCCGCGAAAGAGGAAGAAGCAGUGCCUGAAGAUGGGGCACGGAGGGACGCUGGACAGCAGUGCCAGUGGGGUGUUGGUCGUUGGUGUUGGAAACGGCACAAAGAUGCUUAGUACAAUGUUGGCUGGCUCUAAGAAAUAUGUUGCUGUCGGAGAAUUGGGUAAAGCAACAGAUACGCUUGAUGCCAGUGGGACUGUGAUUCUGGAGAAAGACUUUGAACACAUAACCAGAUUGGACUUGGAGGAGAAGUUGAAAGCUUUCACUGGUGAAAUAAUGCAAGUUCCUCCACUGUACUCGGCACUGAAAAAGGACGGCCAGCGUCUGUCUGUCCUACUGAAGCAAGGCCACAAAGUUGAGGCCAAACCAGCCAGACCAGUCACUGUGUACAACCUGAGCCUCCAAGAGUUCAAGCCUCCUCUCUUCACUCUGGAUAUUGAGUGCGGUGGAGGAUUUUAUGUCAGAAGCUUGGUGGAUGACCUGGGAAAAGCUUUGUCAUCUUGCGCUCAUGUGAAGGAGCUGACCCGGACCAAGCAGGGUCAGUUCACCCUGGAGGAGCACGCCUUGCACGAGGAGCACUGGACACUGGAACACAUCCUGCACUCUCUGCAGCCCUGCUCCCAAUCAGAGCAGGCUGUGCCCUGUAAAAAACCACCGGGAGCUGACAUCUGACGAAACACCCCAAACAGGACCCAAAGUGAAAGUAACAUGUUGGGAUCGAUGUCAGUUUCUUGGUUAGUCGUGACUCACCCUCAGAGAACAUUCUACCUAAACGUGUCAAGUUUUCCUGAACAAAUGGUGACAAGUUGAGGCAAAUGUCAAAACCAUUGUUGGUUUGGAAUGCAGUGGACUUAUUUAAGUUUGAGUUAAAUUUGUAAAUAAUUCUGCAUUUGGAAAGGACAGCCGCUCUUCCUCCCCAACCUCUAUCUUCGUUUGUUAUUUCUCCUGGAGAAUCAGUUGAUAGGAACGUCGCAGAUGAUGCACACAUCUCACAGUGUAGAUUAUUUCCACUAUAUGUAAAUGUGUACUGAUGUUCUGUGUUUGGGAAGAUUGCUUGUCAGCUCAUGCCACAAACUUCAGCCAGUAUAUCUAAGACAAUCGCUAGAUGUCACCUUGCCUCACCAGCCUCAGAGUAUAUUCAACAGAGAAACCGUGAGAUUUUGUAUGAUUUGUGCUGAAACAAUUCAAAAAAAUUGCACCCUUUUUAAGCUGAAAUCUUCACUGUAGCUGCAAAGCUAAACGUGCUAAUGCACACCUUACCUGAAGUGGGUACACAAGCUCCAACACACCUCCAUACGCUGCUGGAUGAGAUCAGUUUCAGUCUGUUGCAGGUUUCCAGGCGGCAGGUAAACUCUCAGAUGUGCAGCGAGUAGCGAGUUUUGAUCUUGCCUAGCGCCUCGUACACUCGUUCAAGCUUGUGUAACCACUUCAUAAGGAGUAUGUGCUUUUAGCUUCACAGCCAAAGUGAAGGUCUUUGCUUUAAAAAAAGUGUAAACGACGUCAAAUUUUCAAAUCAGUUUGGGAUGUUUGGGCUCUGCAGACUUCAUUUGUGAGCUGUUUUAUGGGGUUUUGCUGUUGUUGUUUUUAUUUUAAAACAAGAGCCCAGUUGUUCUGGAGAAUGUGGCAAAGCUGUUUUACAGUGAACCUCCAGAAAUGUUUUGUGGGGGGGGGCUGGGCUGGCCUGAGAAGAUAAUGACUGAAUUUUGAUUUUUGGAUGAACUUUUCCUUUAAAAUAGUUUCUAUUUGCCGUCAUAUUAGUGUGGAAUCAUGACAUGUUAUGAUACUUGAUAUUGACUGCAUGAUGAAAAGGAGUAUUGUGAUAUAUUUUGUAGCCGUGAAGUCUUCAUCUAGACACAGUCUUCCAUUAGAUGAAACACACGUAGUUCCACCUACUGUAGCAGUGCUGAAUACUACACAUGCAGGUAAAACACAUAUAUAUUUGUAGUUUUACCUGGAGAUGUGUUUGUGGAGCUGUUGUGCUGUUUGGUCUAAUCAGUGCUCUUAACUAUGAUUUUUUUUUUUUUAAGACUGCCAUACUUAACUUGAUCUGCUUUUG